ACUACUGGUUGACAUCAGGAAAGAUGUUCCCUGAAACGGAGGGUUCAUUACUGGCCAUUCAGGAUCAGGUUAUACCAACCAGAAACUACCUGAAAUAUAUCAUCAAAGACCCUCAGGUUCAAAACGACAGAUGCCGAUAUGGAUGUCAAGCCCAAGAAACCAUCCAACAUCUUACAGGGGGCUGCCAGGCAUUUGCUGCAACUGAAUACAAGGAACGGCAUGACGCAGUGGGAAAAAUCCUUCAUCAAGAGUUAGCUAUCAAGCUGGGACUUCUCCAAACGGACCAUCUCCCGUAUUAUCAAUACGUCCCUGAGAGUAUGCUUGAGGAUGGCAACUACAAGCUAUACUGGGACCGCACUGUGCUCACAGACCAAACAGUGGCACAUAAUAGACCAGAUCUCGUACUAGUUAAUAAAUUAACAAGACAAACAACACUAAUUGAUGUGGCGAUACCUAACAACAAUAAUCUACGCAGUAAAUUCACUGAAAAGAUCGCCAAGUACAGAGAUCUAGAGAUUCAAAUACGAAGGCAAUGGAGAAUGCAAAGUACCCAGACGAUACCUAUUGUUAUGUCUACUACUGGAGUCAUUCCGAAGAACCUCCUCGAAAGCAUAAAAAGGCUGGGUCUAAAUGAACAUCUCUACAAGACCAUGCAGAAAGCUGUACUACUCGCAACGGCCAGAUGUGUACGAAAAUUUUUGGGAGAUACACCUGCAUACCAAGUCACCUAGGGCUCGACAACACGGAAAGAGUCCCACCAGAGCUCAAUCCUUUUGAUACCGUAGGUAUCUGGGAUGAGUAAAUUUUCCCCUUAGAGGGAGUGUGAGCCGUAU